CCAAACAAGCCGGUUUCCUGCUUCCAGCUGGGCGGCGUCUCUCAAGGGUCUUCUAAGUCGGCUUCAAGAGGCCUCAGUCUACGGCGUGCUCGGUCUCGGAAGUGACGUAUCCAGAGGGGCCGGAAGUGGCAGUGGAGGGAGGGAAGAUGGCGGAGGUGGGGGAGAUAAUCGAGGGCUGCCGCCUGCCAGUGCUGCGGCGGAACCAGGACAACGAAGAUGAGUGGCCCCUGGCCGAGAUCCUGAGCGUGAAGGACAUCAGUGGUCGGAAGCUUUUCUACGUCCAUUAUAUUGACUUUAACAAACGCCUGGACGAAUGGGUGACUCAUGAGCGGCUGGACCUAAAGAAGAUCCAGUUUCCCAAGAAAGAGGCCAAGACCCCCACCAAGAACGGACUUCCUGGGUCACGCCCUGGCUCUCCGGAGAGAGAGGUGACCCUGGACCUAUCUCUACAGCCGGCCUCCGCCCAGGCCAGCGGGAAGACCUUGCCAAUCCCGGUUCAGAUCACACUCCGCUUCAACCUGCCCAAGGAGCGGGAGGCCAUUCCCGGUGGCGAGCCUGACCAGCCGCUCUCCUCCAGCUCCUGCCUGCAGCCCAACCACCGCUCAACGAAACGGAAGGUGGAGGUGGUUUCUCCAGCAACUCCAGUGCCCAGCGAGACAGCCCCAGCCUCAGUUUUUCCCCAGAAUGGAUCAGCCCGCAGAGCAGUGGCAGCUCAACCAGGAAGGAAGAGAAAAUCAAAUUGCUUGGGCACUGAUGAGGACUCCCAGGACAGCUCAGAUGGAAUACCUUCAGCCCCACGCAUGACUGGGAGCCUGGUGUCUGACCGGAGCCAUGAUGACAUUGUUACCCGGAUGAAGAACAUCGAGUGCAUCGAGCUGGGCCGGCACCGCCUCAAGCCGUGGUACUUCUCCCCAUACCCACAGGAGCUCACCACAUUGCCUGUCCUCUACCUCUGCGAGUUCUGCCUCAAAUAUGGCCGUAGCCUUAAGUGUCUGCAGCGCCACUUGACCAAGUGUGACCUACGACAUCCUCCAGGCAAUGAGAUUUACCGCAAGGGCACCAUCUCCUUCUUUGAAAUUGAUGGUCGUAAGAAUAAGAGCUACUCCCAGAACCUGUGUCUCCUGGCCAAGUGUUUCCUCGAUCACAAGACAUUAUACUAUGACACAGAUCCCUUCCUAUUCUACGUCAUGACAGAGUAUGACUGCAAGGGCUUCCACAUUGUGGGCUACUUCUCCAAGGAAAAGGAAUCAACAGAAGACUACAACGUGGCCUGUAUCCUGACCCUGCCUCCCUACCAGCGCCGGGGCUAUGGGAAGCUACUGAUAGAAUUCAGCUAUGAACUCUCCAAAGUGGAAGGGAAAACGGGGACCCCUGAGAAGCCCCUCUCGGAUCUUGGCCUUCUAUCCUACCGAAGCUACUGGUCCCAGACCAUCCUGGAGAUCCUGAUGGGGCUGAAGUCGGAGAGUGGAGAGAGGCCGCAGAUCACCAUCAAUGAGAUCAGUGAAAUAACCAGCAUCAAGAAGGAGGAUGUCAUCUCCACUCUGCAGUACCUCAACCUCAUUAACUACUACAAGGGCCAGUAUAUCCUCACUUUAUCAGAGGACAUCGUGGAUGGGCAUGAACGAGCUAUGCUCAAGCGACUCCUUCGGAUCGACUCCAAAUGUCUGCACUUCACUCCCAAGGACUGGAGCAAGAGGGGAAAGUGGUGACCAGGCACUGCUGUGGCAUGCCAACGAAGCUGGCAGAAUCAGGGCUCACUGGGGACCCCAAGAAGCACACCAAGGGAGAUGAGGCUGAGGACAGUUCCACAAGAGGCUGGCUUGAUAGGGGCCAGUUAGUGCCCAGUACCAAGAUGAGCUCGGGGCUCAGUCACCUCCAGUCAGCUGGCUGCAGGCCCAGGCUUGCUGUGAACCAGGCAGCUGUGUACAGUUGGGUGGGGGUGGGGUGGGCACUCUGUACAGAGGGUUGGUGGCUGUAAAAAUUUCUUUUGUAAAGUAGAAACUGGAGAUGGGUUGGGUACUGGCUGCAAAAUUCUGGCCUCUCUUGCCCCCAUUGCUUCUUGGUAAUAAACUGUUUCUACGGGUCAGA